AUGUCCAUUGCCCGCGCCACAACUCAUCAUGAGUUAGAGCCAAAGAUUAAGGCUACGGCGCAAGCCGGCUUUGAGGCCAUUGAACUGUUCUAUGAGGACAUCAAGCUUCCCAGUCGAAGACAGACAAAUAUCACUCGACCGUUUCAAGAAAACCUCUACAGCAAUGCUCGUCUCUUUCGCAAGCUCUGUGAUCAAUACGGCCUGAAGGUAAUAGUAUUUCAGCCCUUCAAGAACUACGAAGGCCUUCUCAGUAAAAGCAGACACGAAGAGAAGCUAGCCAAAGCCAUGGUGUUUUUUGAAAUCUGCCAGAUUCUGGGAGCAGACAUACUUUUGAUACCGUCCAUGUUUCACACCAGCCUAGAGAUUGCAACAGGCGGGGAGAAAGUCGUGGAAGAUUUUAGAGAGCUUGCAGACCUGGCAGCAUCCUAUUCCCCUCCCAUCCGUCUUGCCUAUGAAUAUAUGGCAUGGGGAGCACAUGUGGACAGCUGGCAAACAACGUGGGCGGUAGUACAAAAAGUUGAUCGCUCAAAUUUCGGGAUGUGCAUCGAUACCUACCACACACUUGCAAAGGUGUAUGGGGAUCCCGAGGCCCUAGACGGUCUACGACCAAAUGCCCUCGAAAGUUUGAAAGCUGAUCUUGCCGAUCUCGCACGAAUGGUUGAUGUGCAGAAGAUCUGGUACAUCCAGCUCUCAGAAGCUAUGAAGAUGGACACUCCUCUUUCACCUUCACAUCCAUUCUUCAAUUCUCAACAACACCCCUUAAUGCAAUGGUCUCGCAACGGCCGGGUCUUUCCUGGUGAUUUGGAACUGGGCGGCUAUAUGCCGGUAGACGAGAUCGUGAGGACUUUAGUGUUGGAAAUGGGCUACCAAGGAUGGGUAAGUAUGGAAUCAUUUCAUGCCUCAACAGCUGAUCCAGAUCCUGAAACACCCAUUCGUCAAGCUCAGAAGGCCAUGAAGCUGUGGAAGCAAUUAGUGGCAUCAUUGGAAACAGAGAGCAAGACUGGUGAAUGA